CGCGCCGCGGUAGAGCAAGGCGUUCGCCUAUUGGAGUGGUUUGGUCUCUUUCGGCGCCCGUUGUUACUGCCUGAACGGCGCCCGGGAAAUGCCAAAGUUGGCUGGAACGAGUUCUUACGCCCCCAGCUCCGAAAUAAAAGCUGAGCUGCUAUUGCGGGGCGAGUGUCGUGAUUAGGGAGAAUGUGUUCCCUGGCACUGUUCCCACUCCCUCCUCCUCCAGGAGACAUCACUCUCUACGAAUUUAAUAAUGCCCUGGUUUCUGGACACAGCUAUGAGAAGCUCCCACUUCCUUUCCAAGGACAGCUGGAGGACCUGCCCAUCCUGACCAUCCCCAAAGAAACUCUGAAAGCCCACAGCCGACUGGAGCACAGCACCAAGCCUGCCUUCAUUCAUCACCGUGAGACACUGUGGAAGAGGUGUAUCAAUGCCUGGCGUGACAUAGGAGUGGCUGGUGUACUUGAAGAGCUUGCAAACGCAGAAGAGGAAGGUGACUUUGACCAGAGGCUGAAUGAACGGUUUUGGAUGGAAUCUGCAAAGGAACUAGCUCUUCAGUGGAUGAAAACAGGAUCCCGCUGUACUUUAGCACUCUGUCAUUGGGUCUCCUCUCUUCAUGGUUCCCUCUUUCCUCAUUUGUCGCUGCAAAGUGAAGACAUGAUAGCGAAAUUCUCCCAGGCUGUAGACUGGGCUGGCUGCUCCAUCCGAGCCUUUGCCUGGCAUCCCCACACCACCAAGUUUGCAGUGGCCCUGCUGGAUGACUCCAUCCGUGUGUACAACACUAAUAGUGCCACAGUCCCCAUUUUGAAGCAUCGCUUGCAGAGGAACGUAGCCUCGAUGGCAUGGAAGCCGCUGUGUGCAUCCAUCCUUGCCGUGGCAUGCCAUAGCUGUGUGUUGGUUUGGCACCUGGAUCCCACUUCGCUUUCCACCAGGCCUUCAUCUGGCUGCGCCCAGGUGCUCAGCCACCCUGGUCAUAGCCCUGUCACCAGUCUGGCAUGGGCACCCAGGGGAGGGUUGCUCCUGUCGGCCUCACCGGUUGAUACUGCUAUGCUUGUGUGGGAUGUAUCCACAGAGAACUGUAUCCAGUUGCAGUGGUUUGGAGGAGGUGGGGUCACGUACCUGGCUUGGUCACCUGAUGGCAGCAAAGUACUAGCAGCCACACCUUCAGCAGUCUUCAGGGUAUGGGAGGUUCAGAUGUGGACUUGCGAGAAGUGGCCAACCCUCAAAGGGCCCUGUCGGACUGGAUGCUGGAGUCCAGAUGGCAGUCGUUUGCUCUUCACAGUCCAGGGAGAAUCAGUGAUAUAUUCUUUGUCUUUCUUGGAAUAUAGUGGUGAACAGCAAGGGCAGGUGGGUGGAUCAAAAACAGCUUCCAUCGUGGCAGAUCUGUCAGAGACCACCUUCGAGACAUUGUAUGGGGAGGAGAGAAUUGGAGGAGAAGUGCAGUCCAUGGUUUGGGACCCAAGUGGCGAGAGGCUUGCGGUUGUUAUUAGAGGAAAUUAUGAUGUUUCCAACUGCAGGACCACCAUUGCUGUGUUUCGUACCCGCAACAGUCCUGUGUUUGAACUCUUGCCGUGUGGCUUCGUACAAGGUGAAGAUGCUGCACAACCACAGCUGAUUGCUUUCCACCCUUGCUUUAAGAAGGGAGCCCUUCUGACCGUGUGCUGGUCAACUGGAAGGGUCAGCCACAUCCCUUUCUUCUUUGUGAGCGCCCAGUUUCCCUCUUUCAGUUGUGGCCAAAGUCCCCUCAUACCUUUGAACAGCAGGAGCAGUGCCCGGGAGCAGCCAUUGUUUUCAGAACUGUGAGCAUCAAAGUGCUUAGUAUGCACUGAAGUGUCCAGUCGGCGGAGUUCUAGAACAACCUCUCAUCACUGAAGACCUUUGAGCUGCUGUGAAGGAUGUUUCUGUCCAUCUGACUCUUGGGAGUGCAUCUUUCGUCACAUACAGAGGGGUGUGAAUUACCUGGCAUGCUAUCUACCGGUAGUCUUUGGAUUCUGAAGAAUGGCUGUUUGCCUAUUUGCGAUGGACAAUUUUGUAAUUCUGUGAGAGGCAGAGAAUAAAAAUACAAAGAGUGAA